GCCGGCUUCGCCCUCGCCGCCGCGUCCUCCCUGUUCUUCGGCUCCGACAUGGAAGAUGGACCUUCUAAUAAUGCGAGCUGCUUCCGAAGGUUGACGGAGUGUUUCCUGAGCCCCAGUUUGACAGAUGAAAAAGUGAAGGCAUAUCUUUCUCUUCAUCCCCAGGUGUUAGACGAAUUUGUAUCUGAAAGUGUUAGUGCAGAGACUGUAGAAAAAUGGCUGAAGAGGAAAAACAACAAACCAGAAGAUGAAUCGGCUCCUAAGGAAGUCAGCAGGUACCAAGACACGAAUAUGCAGGGCGUUGUGUAUGAACUAAACAGCUACAUAGAACAACGGUUGGAUACAGGAGGAGACAACCAGCUACUCCUCUAUGAAUUGAGUAGCAUCAUUAAAAUAGCCACAAAAGCUGAUGGAUUUGCACUGUAUUUCCUUGGAGAGUGCAAUAAUAGUCUGUGCGUGUUCACUCCACCUGGAAUCAAGGAAGGAAAACCCCGGCUUAUCCCUGCUGGGCCCAUUGCCCAGGGCACCACCAUCUCUGCCUACGUGGCCAAGUCCAGAAAGACAUUGCUAGUGGAAGACAUCCUUGGGGAUGAACGAUUUCCAAGAGGUACUGGACUGGAGUCAGGGACUCGCAUCCAGUCUGUUCUUUGUUUACCAAUUGUCACUGCAAUUGGUGACUUGAUUGGUAUCCUCGAGCUGUAUCGGCACUGGGGCAAAGAAGCCUUCUGUAUGAGUCAUCAGGAGGUUGCAACAGCAAAUCUUGCCUGGGCUUCAGUAGCAAUACAUCAGGUGCAGGUAUGCAGAGGCCUUGCUAAACAGACUGAAUUGAAUGACUUCCUACUUGAUGUAUCAAAGACAUAUUUUGAUAACAUAGUCGCAAUAGACUCUCUACUUGAACACAUAAUGAUAUAUGCAAAAAAUCUGGUGAAUGCCGAUCGUUGUGCACUUUUCCAGGUAGACCAUAAGAACAAGGAGUUAUAUUCAGACCUUUUUGAUAUUGGAGAGGAAAAGGAAGGAAAACCUAUCUUCAAGAAGACCAAAGAAAUAAGAUUUUCAAUUGAGAAAGGAAUUGCUGGUCAGGUAGCAAGAACAGGGGAAGUCCUGAACAUUCCAGAUGCCUAUGCAGACCCACGCUUUAACAGGGAAGUGGACUUGUACACAGGCUACACCACCCGGAAUAUCCUGUGCAUGCCCAUCGUGAGCCGGGGAAGCGUGAUCGGUGUGGUGCAGAUGGUGAACAAAAUAAGCGGCAGUGCCUUCUCGAAAACGGACGAAAACAACUUCAAGAUGUUUGCCGUCUUCUGUGCUUUAGCCUUACACUGUGCCAAUAUGUAUCACAGAAUCCGUCAUUCCGAGUGCAUUUACCGGGUGACUAUGGAGAAGCUGUCCUACCAUAGCAUUUGUACAGCGGAGGAGUGGCAGGGCCUCAUGCGCUUCAACCUCCCCAUGCGCCUCUGCAAAGAAAUUGAAUUAUUCCACUUUGACAUUGGUCCUUUUGAAAACAUGUGGCCUGGAAUUUUUGUCUACAUGGUCCAUCGGUCCUGUGGGACAUCCUGCUUUGAGCUUGAAAAGUUGUGUCGUUUUAUUAUGUCUGUGAAGAAAAACUAUCGGCGGGUUCCUUAUCACAACUGGAAACACGCCGUCACUGUGGCUCACUGCAUGUACGCCAUUCUCCAGAACAACCAUGGGCUCUUCACCGACCUUGAGCGCAAAGGACUGCUAAUCGCAUGUCUGUGUCAUGACCUGGACCACAGGGGUUUCAGUAACAGCUACCUGCAGAAAUUCGAUCACCCUCUGGCAGCUCUCUAUUCCACUUCUACCAUGGAGCAGCAUCACUUCUCCCAGACAGUGUCCAUCCUCCAGUUGGAAGGGCACAAUAUCUUCUCCACCCUGAGCUCCAGUGAAUAUGAACAGGUGCUCGAGAUCAUCCGCAAAGCUAUCAUUGCCACAGACCUUGCUUUGUACUUUGGAAACAGGAAACAAUUGGAGGAGAUGUACCAGACCGGAUCGCUAAACCUUAAUAAUCAAUCACAUAGAGAUCGUGUCAUUGGUUUGAUGAUGACUGCCUGUGAUCUUUGUUCUGUAACAAAACUCUGGCCGGUUACAAAAUUGACAGCAAAUGAUAUAUAUGCAGAGUUCUGGGCGGAGGGCGAUGAGAUGAAAAAGUUGGGAAUACAACCUAUUCCCAUGAUGGACAGAGACAAGAAGGACGAGGUCCCACAAGGCCAGCUGGGGUUCUACAACGCUGUGGCUAUCCCCUGCUACACCACCCUCACCCAGAUCUUCCCGCCCACAGAGCCUCUCCUCAAAGCGUGCAGGAAUAACCUCAGCCAGUGGGAGAAGGUGAUCCGAGGGGAGGAGAGUGCGGUGUGGAUCUCGUCCCAGCCAGGGGCCCACGGGCCCUCAGAGAAGUUGCCUGUGAAGAUCGAGGACUGACGGCCACUCGAUGAGCUGUCCCACCUAGACAUGCCCGUCCCGCGGGUCUGACUUCUCUUCCCUUUAUGUUCACGGGGGGAAACCUACACCUGGUAACUAGGACACAAGCCUCUCAAAGAAGGUAACGUCAAGGAAACACGUCAAGCAGAUGACUCCCCAUCAGUCUCCUCUGUGACGCGUCAGAGACAGUGAUCAACCAGGACCACCCUGUGACCAGAAAUCCGCCGUCUGAGGGACUCCAUUGGUCUUGUGAACUGGCCUUUUCUAACGGGCGCACGUUCCUGAGGCCUUAGUGGGAAUGGACAAGAAUUAUUCAGAAGGGGGUACUUUUCCAUUGUAUCUUUCUAGUGAGGGGUUAAAAUGGUACUAUUAUGAUGUUGUACUUUGGCUUUAACACCAAUGUUGCUUUGAUGUUGUUGGUUAUAAAUAGGAAUUUUUACACAUUA